AGGCUGAACAUUUAGCCUCAGUUACAGUGUGUGUGUGUGUGGACCGUGCUGUCCUUUUUGUGCUUUCUUGAGUGGAUGCUUUUUUUUUCGGGUUCCAUGAAGACUCCGGUUCUCCUGUGCGUCCUGCUCUUUUCUCAGAGCUGGGCUUUCGAGUUCAUCGUCGAUGGGGAGUGGGAAAGCGAAACAUCAGGUCCUUUGGAUCAGUACCACCAAUCUGGGAGAUACAGGAGGGACGUUUUGACCAGUGGAGAAGACGAUUUUGAGGCGAUUCAGGGCAAUGACGUUACAGUUAAGAGCUAUAAGGUGGAGAGCAGGAUCACGUCGCGGUUCGCUCACACCACCGUCAAGAGCUCUGUGGUCAACUCGGGCCCGGACGCCCAGAGCAUCGGCUUCAACGUGCAGAUCCCCAAACGAGCCUUCAUCAACAACUUCACCAUGAAUGUCAAUGGGAUCACGUUCGUCGGCUCGGUGAAGGAGAAGACUGUGGCACGAAACCUUUACGCUCAGGCAAGGGCUCGUGGGAAAGCGGCCGGCAUUGUCAGGGCUAACUCUCAAGCAAUGGAGACGUUUAGGACGGAGGUGCACGUUCCCCCGGGCAGCAAAGUGGAGUUUGAGCUGCACUAUCAGGAAAUGAUGCAGAGGAAGCUGGGCGUCUACCAGCACACCCUACACCUGCAACCCGGACGCCUGGUCCCGCUGAUGCAGGUGGACGUGUAUAUCUUCGAGCCCAAAGGCAUCAGGUUCGUCACGUCCACGAACACGAUGGGAGAGCAGUUUGCGGAUUCGACCAAAAUCAGCCACACGAAAGACAAAGCCCACGUUGCGUUCAAACCGACUCUGCAGCAGCAGCGCAAGUGUGAGAACUGCACGGAAAGCGCGGUGGAUGGUGUGUUUGUCGUGCAGUAUGACGUGGAGAGGGAGAGCAAUGCUGGAGAGCUUCAGGUGUCUGACGGUCAUUUCGUUCAGUUCUUUGCUCCGUCUGAUCUCUCUCCUCUCUCCAAAAACAUCGUUUUCGUCAUCGAUGUGAGCGGAAGCAUGUGGGGGCUGAAAAUGAAACAGAUGGUGGAAGCGAUGAAGGCUAUUCUGGACGAUCUGUCGAUGGACGACUAUUUCAGCAUCAUAGAUUUCAAUCACAACGUCCGUUGCUGGAGCGAAGAUCUGGUCCAGGCUUCCUCCAUCCAGGUGGAUGAAGCUAAAAAGUAUGUCCAAAGCAUCAAGCCCAGCGGAGGCACCAACAUCAACGAGGCUUUACUGAAAGCAGUGCAGAUGCUGGUAAGAGCAUCCAAUCAGGGACUGAUCGACCCUCGUUCUGUGUCUAUGAUCAUUCUGGUGUCUGAUGGAGACCCGACCGUGGGAGAAAUAAAGCUGAGCACCAUUCAGAAGAACGUGAAGCGCGUGAUGAGGGAGGAGUUUUCGCUGUUCUCUCUCGGCAUUGGCUUUGACGUCGACUUUGACUUCCUGGAGCGAAUCGCCAUGGACAACAGGGGCGUCGCCCAGAGGAUUUUUGCCAAUCACGAUGCAGCAGAACAGUUAAAGACGUUCUACAGUCAGGUCUCCUCUCCCCUCCUGAGGUCCAUCACCAUUCAUUUUCCCGAGAACACCGCGAACAAUGUGACUCAGAAUCGCUUCGACAAGUUCUUCAGCGGCUCCGAGCUGAUAGUGGCUGGAAAACUGCAACCGUCAGACCUCACGACGCUGCAAAGCUUCACCACAGCCUCCGCUGCCAACAUGGACCUGAACAUUCAGACGGAGGCAGAUAUCGGGGAGUUGGAUUCUGUGCUCGGCACGCAUUCACAUUCGUUCACCGGCUUCGCUCGGCAGAUGUGGGCUUACAUAACUGUCAAUCAGCUAAUGGCCGAACGCUCCCUAGCUCCUACCGCAAGUAAGAAGCGUAGGAUCACCCAGAGGAUCGUGGCGCUGGCUGUGGAGCAUCAGUUCGUGACCCCCCUCACCGCCAUGCUGGUGGAGGGCGAGGACCAGGGCAGGCCAGAACGACUGAUCGCAGACUCGCCUAAAGACUCGAAACACGGCUGCUGCUCAGCCACUGCUCCCUUAAGUGGACGGCCGCCGGUACAACAGAUGGUCUAUUCCAAUCCUCCGUGGGUCCUGCCUACAGCUGCUCCAACUCCUGGACAAGUAGUUAGACCUAUUCCUGACCACAUCAUUUCUGUGGACAACGAUCCCCACUUCAUCGUCCAUUUACCCAAAAACAACAUGGACGUCUGCUUCAACAUCGACUCCAAGCCUGGACACAUCCUGAACCUGAUUUCAGAUCCCGGAACAGGAGUCACAAUCAACGGUCAGUUGGUCGGGUCUAAGAAGAUGAAGAACAAUAAAUUAAACACGUAUUUCGGCACCAUCUCCAUAUACUCUAAAAAAGACGGGGCGCAGGUUAUAGUAGGAACCGACAGAAUCGAACUGAGGGAAGGAAGGAACAGUCACUCCUUCUCUUGGGGAGCCACGGCUGAGCUGGUGCUUAACAGGAUGAAGAUCACUAUAGUGAAAGAGCAACAUGUUACCGUAACAAUCAACGGGAGGAUUUCAGCGAUGGUGCUUUUGCAUCGGGUUUGGAAGAAGCAUCCCGUGCAGGUGGACUUCCUGGGCAUCUACAUGUCUAACGACAACAAAUACUCCGCGCAGGUUCACGGCCUCAUCGGUCAGUUUGCGCGAGAACCAAACGUAAAGGUGUACGACGUGCACGAUGGAGCAGAUCCGAAGAAGAAAGAGGCCACAAUGGAGGUGAAAGGCAACAAAUUAGCCGUCACCAGGGGGUGGCAGAAGGACUACAGACGUGACAAGAAACGAGGUUCAGACGUCUACUGCUGGUUUAUCCAUAACAGUGGGAAAGGCCUCAUUGAUGGCAGUUACACCAGCUACAUCCUGCCUCGGCUGGACAGCUUCCUGACCUCCGUCUGAGAUAACGAGCGCGCGGCGGCUAGGUUAGGAUACUCGCUAAAAGAUCAGCGGGAAUCCGUUAUUUUAUACAAGGAAUUAGAAUUGAAGAAAAACGAAACAUGCCAGCUUUAAAAAAAAAAAAAAGGUUUUUAAUACAACAAGAAAAUAUAUACAAAACAUAGGAAAACUGGAAUCACAAUCAAAAAUCUAAUUGAUGUAUAAGACUUUUGACUUUCUGAGCGUUUGCCGUGCAACGUUUAAUUGAGAGUUUGCUUGAUUAAAUCAGACCCCUCCCCCAACGGCGCAAUAAAAACCCAUUGGUCAAUUUC